GUUGUAUUUUAUCCAAAGAUUUCCAAUGUAAGUAAGGACCUUAAUCAUCAAAAUUGUUUUUUACUAGCCUUUCAUAAUCUUCACCAAACUUUCAUACUGAAAGUUAAAACUAGCUUUGAAGCCACUUUACCUCAUUUAUGUUCGUCUCUUUGUUAUCUGAACCACGUUUGUUGUCUUUGUUUUAGUACGAUUAAAAAGCUAUAAUUUCUGAGAGUAACUGAUUGGUUUCGAAGUGUUGGAGUGUAAAAACAACAGCGAAUUAUUCCAUCACAAGUUCAGUAAAUCUGGAACAACAACUGAAGUAGAAUAACGUGAAUUCAUUGUAUUUAGUGGUUUUUUGUCAGCUGCUUACAGCUAUAUACGUUUUACGAUGUAACACUGAGGUAUGAUACGGUGUGAAGCAAGUGAGCUUGUUGGUGAACUAAACUAGAUUAAUACUUUAAUAAGCAUACGAUUGCAAGAAGCUGAUGACGAACCACAAAAUAUACGUUGCAGAUGAUGAUUCCGCAAAAAAACGAAACUUAUAGCAGAUUCUUGGCAAAUAUUUCAUUGGUGGUUGCGAAAGUGUCAGUAGCAGUUUAUCUUGUCAAACAGACGCCACCAAGUAUUUCAAGCUACGAUUUUGUCAGAUUUCUUCAGAAUCAGUAUAUGAGAAGGGAGGACGAAAAAGAAGCACUUAUUAAUUAUUAUUUCUCAAAUGAAAAGCAGCCAAGUGACCACAAUUCAAAUUGCGAAAUCAGCUUCAAAAUGGGGACUAAAACAACAGACCUCAGCACCUAUACAGCUUUUAGUUUAAGUCAGCUAAAGAUGACCAAAUUCAAUCUGCAGAAUAUAAUGUUUUUUACAAAUCAAACAGCUAAUCAGUUGAAAUAUUAUUUACGAGAAAUUUUAUCCUCAUCCUACAAUAUCCUUUUUCAUGCUUUUAAAGCAAAUUGUGGGAAAGGAUUGAUUUCUUCAAGGAAACUGAAUACCUUCCUUAGUAUGAAACAAGAUGCAGAGUUUACAUUUCGUUUAUGGAUUAACAAAACAAUGGAGCUGCUAAACGAAAACCCGGAGAGUCUGAUUCAAUGUCUUGAUAUUUUAAGAAAAUUUGUUGUUUCCAAGGAUUUCUCUGCAGAAACAGAUAGUCUUUGGGAUUCAACAAUACUUGAGUUAAAUUUGAUCCUUUCCAGUUCGUUCAAAGCACAUCUAAACACACUAUAUCGUACUAGUAUUGCCCAUUUUACCACUGAGUUCGUAGAUGAUGUAUUAAAAAAACUGUGUGAAAAAUUUCAGACAUUAGCUUCGAAUCAUGGAAAAAUGCUGUUUCUCCAAGUAAGCAAAUGUGCCCAUAUAAUAUGGCUCUCCGUGAAUCUUUUAAAAUCUUUUGAUGAUGAUGAUCAAAUUUUCGACAGAAAACAAGCCUCUCAGUGGGUACAGAUUUUAGACAGAUGGCUUGAAGCACAAAAAGCAUCCACCAAUCAAACAGAAAGGUUUUCAAUGGCUCAACUUACUGGAUUAAUGUUUACUAUAUUUGUUUUAAAAAAUAAAAUUAUCAGGCUCACUGCAAAGUUUUAAAAGACAAUAAUACUAGAAUACAUAAUGGGCAUUUGAUUGGUUAACUUCGUUAAAUAUUUUGUACUGGAAUAAAAUAAAUUCAAAUUUUUGAUAAGGAUAAUAGUUAAACCACUUAUGACUAACUUAGUUUUUCAAGUAACAUCUGUUGCUUAUCAGUAAGUAAUAAAAUUUGUUGACUGAUGAAACGAUGUCAGGAAAAAGACCUUUCUCCAUGUAGUUCUUUUUUCUUCCCAAUAAAAAUUUAC